CAAUCAUCUGGAGCUGUGUGCAAGACUUGUCACCACUGCGUCAGGCACUCCAACACUCCGCGCGACCACCACCAGCCCGCAAUCCUCCGCUUCCUGGUCGACAAUGGCCUCCCUGCAGAUACCCGUCCGGGGCAAAGCUGGCAGCAGUCCAGUAACAAAAGCUGUCAUUUUGGUCGGUGGCCCAUCUCGAGGAACACGCUUCAGACCGCUUUCGCUCGAUUUGCCAAAGCCGCUCUUCGAAGUCGCCGGCCACCCCAUCAUCGAGCACUGCUUCCAAGCAGUUACCCGAGUGCCCGAGAUCCACGAGGUCUUCAUCGUUGGCUACUACGACGAAUCCGUAUUCCGCGACUUCAUCAAAGACUGUUCACGCACCCACCCCAAGAUCAGCGUCAAGUACCUUCGCGAGUACCAAGCUUUGGGGACUGCUGGAGGUCUUUACCACUUCCGCGAUGCAAUCCUCAAGGGCCGACCGGAUCGCUUCUUCGUGCUCAACGCCGACGUCUGCUGUUCAUUCCCGCUUGAGCAGAUGCUGCGCCUGUUCGAUGAGAAAGAUGCGGAAGCUGUAAUUCUGGGUACAAGAGUUCCGAACGAGGCGGCUACCAACUUCGGUUGCAUCGUCAGUGAUACACACAGCAAGAGAGUGCUCCAUUAUGUGGAGAAGCCAGAGUCACACAUCUCGAACUUGAUCAAUUGCGGUGUCUAUCUCUUCGCUACGGAAGCCAUUUUCCCCAGCAUUAAGAGCGCGAUUAAGCGUCGCACAGAUCGCCCACGAUUGGUCUCGUAUCCAUCCUCUGAUGCAUUGGACUCGCAGUACGUGCCAGAUGAAGAUGGCGAGAAGAACGAGGUCAUUCGACUAGAGCAGGACAUCCUCGCGGACCUUGCAGACAGCAGGCAAUUCUUCGUCCUCGAGACCAAGGACUUCUGGCGCCAGAUCAAGACUGCUGGAUCCGCCGUCCCGGCCAACGCUCUUUACCUCACCAAGGCCUUCCAAAUGCAGUCAGAAGAGCUUGCCAAGCCCUCCGCGAACAUUCUCCCCCCAGUGUUCAUUCACCCAAGCGCACAGGUCGACCCUACCGCCAAGCUUGGACCAAAUGUAUCCAUCGGACCUCGCGCUGUGGUCGGUGCGGGUGCGCGCAUCAAGGAAUCGAUCGUUCUGGAGGAUGCAGAGGUCCGCCACGAUGCUUGCGUUUUGUACUCGAUUAUUGGCUGGGGCAGCAGAGUCGGCGCAUGGGCACGCGUGGAGGGAACGCCAACACCAGCGCGUGAGCACAACACGAGCAUUGUGAAGAAUGGUGUCAAGGUGCAAAGCAUCACUAUUCUGGGCAAGGAAUGCGCUGUCGCGGACGAGGUUCGUGUGCAGAACUGCGUCUGCCUGCCGUACAAGGAGCUGAAACGCGACGUGGCUAACGAGGUCAUUAUGUGAGGACGUUGUCGAUGUGUUGGACACGAGAAGCGCAGCAAAGCAUUCGGCGUUAAUAGAAGACGAUGCAUGACAAAAAUUAGAGGGCGUGUAUGCCACGUAAAAGCUGAUAGAUAUGCAAAAUCCAGCCCAACUUGCAUUCUGUAAAUCUAC